AAAAUGUCAGGGUGAUUUCGGUGUCAAAACAAAGAUUUCAUAAAAAUCAGCUGUUUUAAAGUGUUUAUUUGUAAACAAUCUUUAAUUAAUUGAUAAAAGCUGCGUUUUAUUUACCCAGACAAAGAUUUCUUGUGGGCAUUUUAUCGGGUCCGAAUAAUCAAAGACCUAUGAUUCAUAAUUUUCGUUAAGUAAUAAAUCUUUUGUUGUGUGUGAUUGAAUUUAUAUAUUUAGUAAAGAUGUAUGCGCCGUUAGAAGAGGGUUCAAUUAAUAAUGAAGUAGAUAGUGAUAGUGAAUAUGAGGAUGAUGAGGAUGAUACCACCCAGAUUGUGGCCCCAGAUGUUGAAGAUACAAAGGAUUGCCUUAGAUCUCGUCACAUACUGGGCAUAAUGGGGUUUUUGGGGUUUGCAAAUGUUUAUGCCAUGAGAGUAAACCUUUCUGUUGCUAUAGUAGCCAUGGUCAAUAGUAGCAUGACCCCACCACCUAGUAAUAAUUCAUUUGAAACUUGCACUGUACCCAAUGUAACAAAUGGAACAAUCCCUGCAAGCACUGGAGAGUUUAACUGGGAUGAGCAAACACAGGGCAUAGUUUUAGGCUCGUUUUUCUAUGGCUAUGUGCUAACACAAGUCCCCGGGGGAAGACUAGCCGAACUUUUUGGAGGAAAACGAGUAUAUGGUGUAGGAGUACUAAUUACAGCUAUUUUCACUUUUCUAAGCCCUAUAGCGGCCAGAAUUAACUUUCCUCUGUUCAUAUUAGUAAGAGUUCUUGAAGGAAUGGGAGAGGGUGUCACCUUUCCUUCAAUGCACGCCAUGUUGGCGCGGUGGAUUCCCCCGUUGGAGAGAAGCAAGUUUGCGGCCUAUGUCUAUGCAGGUGCCAACUUUGGUACUAUAAUAUCCCUGCCUCUGUCUGGUUGGUUAUGUUCACUGGAUUACAUGGGGGGUUGGCCACUGUGCUUUUACAUUUUCGGCGUAUUGGGAUUCGUUUGGUUCUUCUUCUGGUUAUUUUUGAUUUACGACAAUCCCCAGGUUCACCCCAGAAUUUGCCCUCAAGAAAAAGCGUUUAUCUUGGCCAGCAUAGGUCCUCAAGAUGAAGAUAAAGGCUCCAUACCCUGGAUGAAUUUCCUCACAUGCGUACCCUUAUGGGCUAUUUUAAUAACGCAAUGCGGCCAGUCGUGGGCUUUUUACACUCAACUGACUGAACUACCGACAUAUAUGGCACAAAUUUUGCAUUUCGACAUACAGUCGGACGCCGUUUUAUCGGCCAUACCGUACCUAACAAGCUGGAUAUUUGGGAUAGGAACAAGCAUUUUUGCCGAUUGGUUACUCAGCAAAGGUUACCUAUCAUUGUCCACGUCCUAUAAGGUUUUUAACUCAGUGGCCUCGAUCGUGCCGUCCUUGGGAUUGCUGGGCGUGGCCUACGUCGGAUGCGACAAAAUUUCGGUUCAACUGCUGUUGGCCAUCCCGGGCGCGUUUGCCGGUGCCGUCUACGCCGGCAACCAAAUGAACCACAUCGCUUUGAGUCCGAAGUAUGCGGGCACAAUGUACGGCAUAACCAACGCGACGGCCAACAUAUGCGGGUUUUUGGCCCCCUACGUCAUAGGUUUGAUCAUACAAGGCCGGGAAACUCUAGGACAGUGGCGUAUGGUGUUUUAUUUAGCUGCAGGGAUAAAUAUAGGAGCUAAUCUGUUUUACGUGGCGUUUGCGAGCGCUAGAGAGCAAUCGUGGUCGAGGGUGCGUCAAACCAACUGACAUGCGCUUUAUCUGGCCAUGUUGGUUGAUACAUAACCUAACGUAACCUAAAUUUAACCUUACUUUUUUACAAUAUGCCGUUGUUUGAGUUAUUGCAACGGUUGUACAUAUUUAGGAGAAUUUUUGUUUACUAUUUUUAUUAAUAUUAAGAGCUGGGAAAUGAUAAACAUUGUGAUCGAAUUUAAUACUAAGGUAAAAUUGCAUAUAAUUUAUGUUAUUUUUGUGAUAUUUAUUGUUUAAAUAAAUAUUAAUUUGUAAAAAUAUAUUACUUAAUAUUAAUAUUAUGGCAUUUAAAAGUAUUAUGUGUCUUAUAUUUUAUGACAAAUAAUUU